AUGAAUUCCCCCCUACGUCGCGUGAUUUCUCUGCUCGUCCUUCUAACGACUUGUUCUCUGAAGUCGCAAGCGGAUUUGGUGAUCCUUGGGUCGGACAAUCGCACCGAAUACGAGUCGAAACUGAACCGAUUGCUUGAAUUCUGCGGCGAUGAUUACAUGUACAGAAAAUUGACUGUGAUAGCAGAACGUGGUUCAAGGGAUUGGCUGAGCUCCAAGGUCUUCCAGAACGUCAACGAGGCUUACAAAAUGCCCGUCGAGCUCUUCGACAACUUGAGAGCGCUGAAGAGCGUCGGUUGGCAGGCCUGCGUCCUGCUCUGUAUGCCGGCCGAAAGAGUCGCCACCUUCUUUCGGUCGUCGGAAGACCGCCCCUGGAUACCAGGCAACAUGUACAUCGUCUACGUACCGAAAGGACUCGGCGAAGUAGCGUCCGAGGAGUUUAAGGCGACGGGCAGCCUCCUCUGGCGACGGAACUACGUCCACAAGGUCGUCCUGUCGACGAAAGGAAGGAACCUUUACUUCGACCCUUUCAAACCUCGCGAAACGGGCGGCUUCGGGGCGCUCAGAGAUCUCGGGGACUCGGUGGAGCCCCUGAAGAAACGGAAGACCUUCUCCGGCUACGAAGUCAACGUCGCUAUGUUUCCCUACUUGACACUCCAGUGGAAGGACGGACGGUACGUCGGACUCGAGGCGAACUCCAUGCUCGAGAUCUGCGCCCGGAUGAACGUUACUCCGCAGCUCUACGAGCCUCCAGAGAAGUUCGGAUGGUUCUGGAACGGCACCUUCACCGGAACUCUCGGUCGGCUCGCCUACCACCAUAGCGACCUCGCCUUCAACGAGUUCUUCGUCAAGAACUACGGGACCGAUAACCUCGAGUACACGACCUACCUCAGCCUUGACCAGAUAUGCGUAAUCGUGCCACGCAGAGCGCGGGUCCCAGAGUACCUUAUGAUGGUCAGGAUCUUCAGCCCCCUUGCAUGGGCUCUGAUAUCUUUUGGGAACGCCGUUCUUGCUCUGGUUUACGUAAUCGUGACCGGUCUCACCAUCGCUCGGACCAGAGAUCAGACUUCGGUCAAGUCUCGGUCCGGCAUCAGGUUGCAAGACUUCGUCGCCUCCUGGGUGUUUUAUUCCUUCUACCCCAUGAAACCCAAUGCGAAGUGGGUCAGCGAACGAGUUCAUAUCACUUCUGGACUAAUACUCGGAGUGGUUGUCAGCGGGUAUUUCACCAGCCAGCUCGCCUCAAGCUUCAGUAAGCCUGCCUUCUUGAAGAACAUCGAUACCCUUGAGGAGCUCGAUCGUAGCGGACUGAAGGUAUUGACCAACUAUCCAAAUUUGCUGUCGGACGUAUUUGCCGACGACGAGCCGUCAACGCUGCGGAAUCUUCAGGCCAAGCUGACGCUAAAUAACGGCUCGGAGAUCGAAUGGCACGUUUUCCAUACUCGGGACGCAGGAUUCCUUGAACGUGAGCAGAGUGCUCUGCUCGAGGGAAGCACCGUGAUCGGACUGCACGUGGUUCCGGAUUGCCCAAGAAAAUAUCACCUGGCCUAUCCGAUUGCAAAGGGUUCACCUUUCCAACCACGACUGAACACCAUAAUCGGAAGACUCCACAACGCUGGUUUUUAUCGCAAAUGGUUCGAGGACCUGAAGAGACGACCCGAGCCCAUUUACAAUAGCAGACCAGUCGUCAUAAGGCUACGCCACUUAUACGUGCCCUUUUUCCUGCUGCUUGGAGGGCUCGGAGUAUCGAUGGUUGUAUUCUGUUCCGAGAUGAAGGGAUCAUUUAUGGGAAGGAAGGAAAGCGGGAAGAAGAAAGUAUAGCGACCAGGAACCAUCGUUUCGCGCAUUUCGUCCAUAUCGGUUUCACUUUUCCUGCACUUCCU